AUGGGUGCCCUCUACUUCCUUCUUCAUCCCAAUCAGCUCAAGGCUAUCAUUCAAUGGAAACUCUGGCAUGAACCGGUCCACAGGCGAAACCCAGCAACGGAGCCCAAGACCCUUCAAUCAUGUUUCCGCUUUCUCGACCUGACGAGCCGAAGUUUUUCGGCCGUCAUCCAAGAACUCAACCCCGAGCUUCUCGUUCCCGUUGCGCUCUUCUACCUCGUGCUUCGUGGCCUUGACACCAUCGAGGAUGACAUGACAAUUGAUAUCAAGAAGAAGGAACCUCUGCUGAGGAACUUUAACAAGAACAUGAUCAUCGAUGGCUGGACCUUCAACGGCAACGGCCCCAACGAGAAGGACCGGGAGCUUCUAGUCCAUUUCGAUGACGUGGUGGUGGAACUGAAGAAGGUCAAGCCUGAGUACUUCGAGAUUAUUGACGACAUUACCGUCAAGAUGGGCAAUGGCAUGGCCGACUACGCGCUAAACGCCGAGUUCAAUACCAAUGGGGUGAACACCGUGAAAGACUACGAGCUUUACUGCCACUACGUAGCAGGAUUGGUCGGUGACGGCUUGACCCGCCUCUUUGUCAAGUCCCAGCUAGCGAUUCCCAAACUCCUCGAGAAGCCGAGCUUGACCGAGUCUAUGGGUCAAUUCCUCCAAAAGACCAACAUCAUCCGCGAUAUCCGCGAGGACUUCGAGGACGGACGCCGUUUCUGGCCCAAGGAGAUUUGGUCGCAAUACGUUAAGGAGUUUGGCGACCUCUUCAAGCCCGAGAACCGACCCUUGGCAGUGCAGUGCCUGAAUCACAUGGUCCUCAACUCGCUGAAACACGUCGAGGAGUGCAUCUUCUACAUGGCCGCCAUCAAGGAUCAGAGCGUCUUCAACUUCGUCGCCAUCCCGCAGAGCAUGGCCAUCGCGACCCUGGAGCUCGUCUUCAACAACCCCGACGUGUUUGACAGGAACGUCAAGAUCACCAAGGGCGACGCUUGCCGGCUCAUGACCGAGUCCACCCAGAACCUGAGGGUUGUGUCUGAAGUCUUCAGGAGGUAUAUCCAGAGGAUACACAAGAAGAACGAUCCCCGGGACCCCCACUACUUGGAGAUUAGCCUGCAGUGUUCGCGCGUUGAGCAGUUCAUCGAUACCAUUUUCCCUCCGCAGACGGCCGAGGUACAACGAAAGCGGUAUCAGAACGAUCAGAUGGCGGAGAGUCAGGGUAUGGAUCUCUCUGACGGCGCGUUCCUUGUUGCUGUGGUUGUUGGCACCAUGGUGCUGAUUGCUGGCUUGAUGAUUGGUGGUGCGUAUCUGGCCAACCUUUACUUUACCAAGUACUGGCCCGAGGAUAUGAUAACGGAAAUUGGACGUGACGAAUUGUAA